CUCCUACGUCAAACCUUGCCAAACUCUCUAGCUAGCAUAUAGACCAAAGAAGAAAGUAUAGUCACAAAAUCCAUUUCAUAUUAGUUAAUACAUUAAUUCUUCCAACGAUUGUCCAAAAUCUUUGUGUAUAAAAACUCGUUGGUAGACUUUGGAAGAAAUCCAAGAAGCUUGAAAUCCUUGUUCUAUUUUUUUGUUGACAAUAUUGAAAUCUUUGUUACUUAGUUGAAAAUUGAGAGUAUAUUGUGAGGAAUUAUAAGAUGAGCAACGUGGCGCCAAUCGUUAGUAAACUCUAUUGUUCGUCGUCGCAGACGGUGUUGGGUGUGAGGAAAAGGCCACAUGUAGUGAAUGGUGGUGGAUUUGUAGUCACGGAUUGUAGGACUCAAAAGGUUGUUUUCAAGGUUGAUGGUUGUGGAAUUCAUGGGAAAAAAGAAGAGUUGAUUCUAAGAGAUGGAGAUGGAGAACCUUUGCUUCUCAUGCGUCGAAAGGGAGGUAUGGUUGAGGCUCUAAGCAUUUAUAAGAAGUGGAAAGGUUAUAGUAUAAACUAUGAAGGAUUACAGAAAUUAGUAUUCAGUUUAAAAGAACCUGGAAAUUCAUGUUUGGUUAAGAAUAAAGGAAUCAGAAUUGCAAUUGAGCCAGGGUCUGUUAGUAACAAAAGCUGGGACUUUGAGAUUAGGGGCUAUUUCCCUGACAAGCAUUGCAGCAUUGUUGAUACUAGAGGCAACAUAGUAGCACAGGUUGGGAUAAAUAAAGAAGUGGAGAAAUUAAUGGAAAACAAGGAUUUAUAUCAUGUAGUUGUGAAACCGGGGAUGGAUCAAGCUUUUGUUUUUGGAGUCAUAGCUACUCUUGACUACAUUUAUGGAGAAUCCACAUAUUGCUAAUUAAUCCUAAGUUGUGAAGAACUAGCAUGCUUUGGUUAUGUGAUUAUUUCUAUGAAAAACCAAUAUAAUAUUGGCUCAAAUAAUUUAUCCUACCAUCACAUUGAUGCAUAUGUGAAGCAUGCAGCUACAUGGGUGCUUAGAGUUUUUAAUGAAUUGCAUUGUAUAUUAUGGAAAGGAAAUUGAUUUGUUUGUUACUUUGCUAUAAGUUAAUUUGUUAUGUUAAAUAUUGCUCCUUUUGUUUUGGUUUAUAUAUAGGAUAUAGGAUUUUAAUUACUUUGACAAUGAUGGGUGUAAAGUUAUUUAAUUGUUGGCAAAAGCUUUAUAGUUUAUAAACUUAUUUCGAAUCUUUGAUC